GUUAAGACAAUCUAGUCAUUGAGACAAACUAGUGACACACUCGAAACAACAAUUUGUGGAUUAUUAUUGAUUAGGGUUUUCUCAAAGAAAUUAAUCUUAAUUUUCAUGGCGUGGACGACGAAGCAGAACAAGCAGUUCGAGGAGGCGUUGGCGAGGUUCGACAAGGAGACACCGGACAGGUGGCAAAACAUCGCGAGGGCCGUCGGAGGAGGCAAAUCCGCCGAGGAAGUCCGGAGACAUUACGAGGUUCUUCUUAAGGACAUUAUGCGGAUCGAAGCGGACCAAGUCCCCAUUCCCAAUUACACUGCAACAAGACGAUCUUCUUACACUACUGUUACCACCAAUCAAUAUGAUCACAGGCUUAUGAAGAAUCUGAAGCUCUACUGAUCUCUCUCUCUCUCUCUCUCUCGUCAAUGUGGGCUUUUUUUUUUUUUUUUUUUUUUUUUCUGGUAAAAAUAUGAUCCAAGUGUUCAUUCCCUCGUAUUUGAACAAACCCUAAAUGUGUGUUUGUUUGUUUGUUUAAUCCAGUUUCUUCACACUCCAAAUGUAAUCUUGUAAUAUUGUACUGAUUGUCUGAUUCCG